UAGGACUUGUAAACAAUAUGGCGACCACCAUAUGAUCUCAUUCUUGCAGAUCGUAGUUUUCUGUGGUGUCACAUAAAAACGCAGAAACUUUAUUAAACAACAAAGCACAGAUGAGUAGAUCAGUCGUAGAACGCCCUCCUGCUUACAGAGGUCCGUCAAAAAUACCAAGAUUUGCCCAUCCUCGACAACCAUUGCCGGGCAUUGAGAUGGAAAAUGUGAAUAAUAGUGCCAAAAGGCCAUCAAAACUUAUGCAACUUAAGACGGAUUAUCACGAUAGGAUUAUGCGAGAGAAAGAAGAGAAAAUGGUCAGAUUGUACGAAGACAAUCAGAAAAGAACUUUAGACAGAGUAAAUUCGAAAGGAGUGGUUAGAGAUUUCUUCCGUGAACGCCACGAAAUUGAAAGAGGAAACGGCAUCGCAACUCAAAUUCCAACUAUUAAUCAACAUUUCAAACAAAAACGAAGUGAACAGAAAUACGGUGAAACAGAUUUCUUCGAAAAAAGAAAAGUACCUAAUGAAGUAAAACGAGGUGGAUACGGCUAUCGUAAUGCCAUGGGCCGUGAUAAAGCUAAUCCUCUAGCACCAAUCGACAGAAACAAUGCGUCACCACCGAUAACAAGGAAACCUCAAAUUCAUGGAAGACCUUGGACUAAAGAGGACAAAAAACCUAAAUCCAAUGACGAAUCUGUCCCAAAAAGUGCCCCAGCUCCCUACGGGAUUCACUCUGGGGUCGAAUUGUACGGUCCAGUUACUCAGUCACCUAGUGACGAUACACCACCGCCCAAUUUAUCACAACUGAAAAAGUUACAGAAACAGAAGAUAAAAACAAACAGAUCAAAUAUGUCACCUUCAUCACAAAGAUCUAAAAUGACUGACUUCCAGAAAUGGCAAGUAGAACAAGAUGAAUCAAGAAACGAAAGACUGAAAAAGCACAGUCGUAUGCAAAACGAUAGCGAUGAAGAAAACAUCCAUGAAGGCGAUGAUGAUGAAAUUUUGUCCAAGCAACAAGAACUGAUGGAAAAGAUUCAGAGACAGAAAGAUGAAUUAGAGAGAAUGAGAAGAGAGAGAGAGCAAGAAGAAGUUAUGGAGAAAAAAGAAAUGGAAAAACGAAAACGCAAAGAAGAGGAAAGAAGAAAGAAAGCGAAGGAAGAUGCAGAACGUAAGAGAAAGGACGACGAAGAACAAAGAAGACAAGAAGAAGAUGAAAUAACGACACAAGCGCGAAAAAGACGUGAGGAUGAAGCACAAAGAAGACUUGAAGCAGAAUCAAGAAUGAUGACGAAUAGAACAAACCGAACACAUAAAAGUGAUGUUAGUUAUCGUGAUACGUACAGGGACAAUAUGGACGACGACUUUGUUCGAUCUGAUAGUAGACACAGGGUUGCACCUACACCUCCAAAACAUCCAAAGCCAGUCAAAGUGAAACGGCCUUCAGGAAACCCCAAAAAUACUCAGCCUCACUAUGAACGAGAAUCAACUCCUCCUAAAGACUUUAAAGUUGACAUCAGUAUGUAUGCUGAUGCUGCUAAUGUUGACGGUGCAUUUGAAAGUUCUAGAGUAAAACUUGUUCCAUGCUCCAAAUGUGGAAGAAAGUUUGCCGCUGACAGAGUUCAAAGACAUAUGAACUCUUGUGACAAUUUAACAAAGAAAAGAAAGAUUCUUGAUCCAACAAAAUUACGAACAGCUGGAACAGAUAUGGAAAAAUAUGUCAAGAAUCCUAAAAUGAGGUCAAAGACACCACCUAAAAAGAAGAAAGACUGGAGGAAACAACACGAAAGUUUUAUCGAAAAUCUACGAUAUGCCAAGAAGGUUUCAGAGAUGGAGAAAACUGGACAAGAUAUGUCAAGUCUUCCCCCACCUCCUGUCACCGAGAACCCGGACUAUGUGCAAUGUCCUAGUUGUAAACGAUCUUUUAACCCAACCACUGCCGAAAGACAUAUUCCACGUUGUAACGGAGCCCCAAGAAAAAAAUAAUCCAUUCUUCAACACUUUUGAAAUAAUGACGAGAAAAAGUGCUGGUGCCAUUUGAUUCUAAUCACUGUAUCGAUUUCAUGUAUAUAUUUGCCAUUAAAUGAACGUAUGAAAUGAUUAGAGUGUAUAUCACAGAGAUUUUAAAAGAAGUAAUUAAUUGAAUACGAUUUAUAUAUGGUUAUUUUAUACAAAAAUCACUUAAGCAAUUUAAUCAAAGAGUUCAAUGAAUAAUAUCUCAUAAUAAUGUGUUCAAGAAAUUAAAGCAUUGUUAGAUCUGUAGGUAGUAUAUUAUUCUUCAUCUGGAGAAAGAAAAUAGACAAAAAUGCAAUACUUGGAAAGAUCUGUUUACUAAUAUAUUAGGAAGAUUAUUUUACUGAAUUUAUAAGUACAUGUAUAUUGUUUUUGUUUUUGAAAUACUUGGGUUAUUUUGUUAUGUUUGUCAAAUUUGUUGCAAUCGAAAUGGGUUCAGUUUCUACUAAAAGCUUAAACUAUUGUAACGUUAUAUAGUCUGUUUUGAAAGUUUGAUUUAUUUUACACAAAUCAACAAAAAACAGUUAAUUUGUUUUUAAAAUUUGAUAAACGAAGUUUGAAUUCACAUUGUUUUGGUUGCAACAGAUUUGACUAUAUUUGUUUAUUUAUUUUGUUUUAGAUUGAGAAGUUAAUCAUAUAAAGUUAAAUCAUUUGCAUCAUAUGUUUCUUAAUUUUAGAAUUACAGUUGAUAAAGUUAUUAAGUACAUUUCUAUUUUUCUAAUACUGAAAAACGUUAAAUCACCCCAAAAAAUUGCCUUUCAGGUCAUUUUAAGUUUUUUUUCUUCAACAUUUCGAAACAGUUAUUUAUACAGAAUGUGCAUACAUAAUUGUUCUGGAAUAAGCUUAAGAAUCUUAUAAUAAAUGCUAUAGGAUUUCGCCAAUCUUAGCCAUUACUAACAUUUUUUUCAUUUCUGUCUAGUAGUUUGUAACAGGCUUGACUUUUGAGCUAACAUUUGUCAACUAACACAUGGUUAAGGUAUACUGUUUGUUAGAUAUGUUAUACGGUAGUCUGCUUUCAUUGGUGCUUUUAUUCUCAUGGAUUAUUUUAAAUCAUGUUUGUUUUAUAGUAUUAUGUUAAACUUAUUAAUUUAUAUCUUAAUUUUAUGCCUCGAACUUUUACUAUAAAAAAUACUUUAACGAGAUUUAAAAAUGUUUUAUGUACU